AUGGAUAUUCACCGCUGCCGUUUUGUCCCAUACCCUCCCCAGCCGAUCAACUACCUCGCCUUCUCGCAUCCUUCUGAUCCGAAACAAAAGUCACCCUCCGAUUUACGUCUGGCGGUGGGGCGCAAUAAUGGCGAUAUUGAGAUCUGGAAUCCCUUGCACGGCAAUUGGACGCAAGACAUCAUUCUAAAAGACGCUCCAAACAGCGCGAUCGAACAAAUAGCUUGGACACAGGAUGUCAUCAGUCCCACGGAAAGUGGACCACUCCGUCUGUUCAGUACUGGAGGUUCUACAUCUGUUGUCGAAUGGAACUUGGAGACUGGGGUGCCCAAGAGAAAAGUCGAGGGAAAUUUAGGUGAUAUCUGGUGCUUUGCUGCCCAACCACAGCAACAGCCUUACAGCCCCAACGAAAACGCUGCGUCUUCACAACUACUUGCAGCUGGAUGUAACAAUGGCUCAAUAGUCUUGUUCACCACUGAAGACGACGAUUUACGUUAUAUUCAAGCUCUUCCACCGCCGCCGACAAAGAAGCCAAGGGUUCUGACAAUAACAUGGCGCGAUCGAAACACUAUUGUUGCAGGUUAUGAUGACAGCAUGAUCAGAGUAAUUGAUGUACCGACCAGGACUAUUACUCGGCACAUGAGCUUGGGUAAACCCGUUGAUGGCAAUGACACUAUUGUGUGGACUGUGAAGUGUUUACCAAACGGCACAAUAAUUUCUGGAGAUUCUUCGGGCGAAUUGAAAAUUUGGGAUCCUCAGAAUUAUUCACUGCUUCAGCGCCUCCGAAGUCAUGAUGCCGACAUUCUAGCCGUCACAACAAAUUUCGCCGGAGACAUGAUAUUUUCACUCGGUGUAGACCGAAGGACUGUCACCUAUAAGCCUGUCGAGACGAACUCAUCAAAAAGAAUAACGAGCUGGGCCGCGAUCUCCCACCGCAGAUAUCACAGACAUGACAUCAAAUGUGCCACCGCUUUCGAAAGGACAGACAUGAGUGUGCUCGUGUCGGGUGGUAUGGACGCAACACCGAUCGUGACCCCUAUCAAGCGAUCUCAGUCUGAGAAACAUCUUACUCUAUCCCAUCUACCACAAAAACCCCAAAUUUCAGCUUCAACUAGGUCCCGGCUUUUCAUUUCUUGGUGGGAUAAUGUGAUCGCCGUGUACCAUAUUUCCCGAAGACGAACCCCCGAACAGAAUUUUUUCGACUCUGAACAAUUCGAGGCUGAGGAUUCUUCAUAUGAACCGCUCACAAAAGUGGUGCUAAAAGGCAACCACGCUAUUCAAGACGCCCAAAUAGCUAACAAUGGACAAUUGAUAAUUGUCAUCACCAAUGAUCAGGUCAAACUGUUUCAACUACGAAAGACUACAGUAACAGGAAAGCCAGCAAUCCGGACACGUCAAAUCGAGCUCCCAUCUUUCAUUACGAGACUAGGUGGAAGACUCGGAGGUUUUACUCCCGAUGGGAAAUGGCUGUAUAUUGUUCGCAAUGACAAUGCCAUAGUAUUGCUCAAGAUUCUACUGUCGAGUGAUCCAAGACAACCUCCAACUGCGCACCUAAAGAGUACUAAACUCUACCGACCAUCUCAACCACAGCCUAGUACGGCAUUGGGUGACCAUCACCGAAUUAUUACACAAGUUUCAUUUUCCAGCGACAGCCGAAUUCUUGCUGUGGGUGACCUUUCAGGCGCCAUCAACACGUGGAUUCUCGAAGGACACGAGGAUGUGGAUUUCGUGGAGACUAUUUCCAAUCGGUCUGAUAAGUCCUCAGGCGCUUCAUCGGACGCUUCUUCUGACGAAGAAGAAGAAGAUGAUGAUGACAUUGCGCCAGUAGUGCACGGCCAGAAAUGGAUUCGCAAUCCAUCAGGCCCGUCCUUGCCACAACUUGACUCAGCCAUUCUGAUGUUGACUUUCCGCCCAUCUCUCCCAGGAUCGCCAUCUCAAUCGACAAGUACCAACCUCGGCCUGCAUGCAACGAGACGUAACCCACAUCCUGUCUCCCAGGAGUUUCCAACAACAGACGUGAAACUUGUUGCUUUGACAGCGAACCAUCAGCUCACAGAGUUUGAGGUCAUGUCCAACAGGCUUAGUGACUGGACACGACGUAAUCCUUCUCGGUACCUGCCGUCUUCUUUUACGAGAUUGAAAGAUCGAGUGAUGGGAUCCUUCUGGGAUGUCACCGACAGAAGGAAUCGAGGUGAACGACUAUGGCUCUACAGUCAUAACUACCUAUUUAUGUUCGAUAUGAGUCGAGAUCUGCCACGGGUGAUCUACCACGGGAACGAAACCCAUAAGACCCCAAGGACCGCGAAUUCCAAAGAUGGCAACAAGACCACACUAGGCAAGUACCAAGUUCUAGACCCUAUUGCGAAUGGAGUCCAACAGAGCCCCUCCAAGACCAGAAGCGAGAAAAGAAGUCAGAGUCAGUCAGAGGAUAAGGCUGUUCAGAGCACAGUGGGAGUAAAAAAGCGACGCCGUUCUCGUCCAUUCCACAAAUCUUCAGGAGCAGGUGACCCGAUAAUCACAGCUGAACGACCUGGUGGGUUCGGGAGUAAUGUCGUAAAAUUCCAGAACAACAGCGACGACGAAGAAACAUUCGACAUUGACACUGCCAUGGAUGAAGCUGACAACAACACGGAUGACGUUGAUAUGGGAGAUUACGAAGAGAAUGAUGCUCUUGUAAUCAUGCGUCGCGGCGAGAUUGAAGCCGGCCACGACACCAAUGGUGCAGAUAAUGAAAGCAGCAACCCUAAGCCUAGCAUCAGAAGACCUCAUCACUAUUUGACGACAGAAUACACCUCUAUCCUGGGCAUCGCUGUGAUCGGACCAGACAACAGCGAGUCAAUGACGACAACGGACCCAUCGCCUGAACACCCAACCAACGGCCUGACCACAUCACAAAACAACAACAACGGUCUCGAACUCGUCAUCGUCGAGCGCCCUAUGUACGACGUCGAACAGGUCCCGCGCUUCGAUAGCACGCAGAAUUGGGAUACUUGA